GCCCUGCAAGCGCGCAGUGAACGCUUGCUGUAUUCAGUUCAAUCAACAGUGUUUGAUAUUUGUCUGCUGGGGUUAUUUAAACCUGCUCCAUUCCCAUCCCUGCUACUUGCCAGUGUUGCUACUACCUACCACUUAGUUUGUUUCUCAGAAUUCCAAUCCGAUCUUGUUGAUACCUAGUACUACACCGUACUACAACUACUCAUCAGCUUCUUCUAUCCAUCCACUGCCCUCUCUGCUGCGUGAUUAAUAACUACUUUGCAGCUCUUUGUCUCUUUCUAGUAGCAGCCGGUCUCUCCCCCAUCUGUACUUCCCCUUCCCGCAACAACCAUCAAGUACAAUGGCGACGGCGACUGCGGCAGACGCGCAGUUGCUCUACAAGCGCUGCAAGCAAUUGGAUUCGCUAGAGAAGAAGAAAGAUGAACUUAUCGAGGUAGCACUCUCAGUUACCAGGUGCUCAGGGAUUGAUUUGAUUUUUCAAUUGAUGGAAUUCUUCUACAGGAUCUCCUGAAGCGUAUCGCGGAGCUGGAAAAUGCGUAUCAGCAGGAGAAGCUAGAUCGGGAACGCGAGACCCGUUUCAAUCGCGAUAUCCAGCUGCAUGAAAUGACGUUGAUGGAUCAGAUAACGAGGAUCAAGAAUGUUAUGGAACGGGAACCCUUUAUAAUCGUCCUUCUUGACGGAGAUGCGGUGGUGUUCAGAGACGAAUUCCUACAAAAGGGCGAACGGGGCGGACGGGCCGCUGCGAACCAGUUGUGGAUGGCGUUGGAUGAUUUUGUCUCGAACAACUUCUCCGGCAUCACCUCACCCAAGAUAGUGACGAAGAUCUUUGCAAACGUUCAGGGAUUGGGUGAUCUCUGUGUCAAGGCUGGGGUUAUCAAUGAACGUAGAGUGUUUGAAGACUUCGUUCGAGGCUUCAAUAAUAGCAAGGCCCUCUUCGAUCUUGUGGAUAUCGGGUCGGAGAAGGGCAAAGCAAGUGACAAGAUUGAAGAAUGCUUCAAGCUGCAUCUGUACAAUUGCCAUUGCCAUCAGAUCCUCCUGGGAUGCUCGCCCGAUGAUGGAUACGAUCACAUUCUGAAGAAUACCUUGACGGAUGUGGAUCUUACCGGUCGUAUUUCCCUUGUUGAAGGGAUUCCCUCCGAGCACAGUAUGGAAGCUGUAAGGGAGUCCUACAGGGUUGCUAAAUUCCCAGAGCUCUUCCGGACUUCCAAGAUAACAACAACUCCUACGUGGACGGCUGUGGCCACUUCCAACAUGAAAUCUUUCAUGACUCUCUCAUCCUCCCCAAAUCAAUAUGCAGCAUCACUGUCGCGAAGUUCUACCAAUACAUCGCCGUCAGGCAGUAAUAGAACCUCAUCGACACCAUCUCUGAGUGACUCACAGAGCUCCACAGAAUUCCAACUUGUGACUUCCAAAUCAUCCAAGCCAAGCUCCCCCAAAACCGUGGAACGGAACAAGUAUGGACAGCGGGUCGACCGGCUCGAAUAUAAGAAUAUCCCCCGCGAUGAGCUGAACCGUAUUAAAAAGAUGAAACUAUGCAAUUAUCACUACCUGCUAGGUUCAUGCCCCAACACAAAUUGCUACCAUGACCAUUCCCAAAAACUGACUAAAAAUGAACUCUCCAUUUUGGCUGCUGUCGCGCGAAUGACGCCGUGUCACUUUGGCUUGGACUGUGUCGAUCCCGAUUGCAUAUACGGUCAUCGCUGUCCCUAUAAUGAGCCUGGAAAAAAGGAUUGUCACUGGGGUUUGACUUGUCGUUUCGACGCCAGUGCCCAUGGGAUUGAUACUAAUAUCGUCAAGGUCACGAAGAUUUAGGUUUUCUCUCUCUCUCUCUCUUUUUUUUUUUUUCCCUCUCUCUCUUUAUUUCUUUACCCGCAGUGUAUUAUAGUUUUCUUUGACCUUCUUCCCCCAGGGGGGACUAUUGCGCUUCGAUUCUUAUUAGGUGUCUGGCGCAUCAAAAGUGCACGUCGCAGAUUGCCUUUUCGUCCAGUGUAUUACAUAGCAGGCAUACAUUGAAGAUAAUACUUCGUAGUAUCUAAUAAUAUUGUUUAUAGACUGCGGGGAAG